AUGCUUAUGGCAAAAGGUAAAGAGUUCGUUUUGAUUGAAUUCUCUGCAUCGGACGCGACCAAAGCCGCCCGUCGGUACAUCCAGAGCACAGGCUUGGCCCGAGAUUGCGCCGCGGCAUCACGCGCAAAUGGUGGCGCCAAAAUCACCACCGAGUCUCUUCUCUCAUUUUGCAGGCGUCAAAAGUAUCCCUACAAUGCUGUGCGUCUCCAAUACCGGCGCUUAAGAAACACUGGGAGACCGAUAGAAUCGAACCAGGCCAGCGAUGAAGACCCGAAAGUACUUACAGAGAAGGAGGACGCCGCCCUGAUUUUUGGUACAACUUACAAGAAGGCCAAGGCCCUGGCCGCCGAGCAAGAGAUCACUGCUUCCACCUGCUGGAGCGCCGAUAAAAUCGGCACCAAGGAAGGGCAAAUCUGGGUCUUGACGACGAGGGGGCCGGAUGAUCCGCCACCGCCUGUCUACCGCAGCAAGCAUUCUUUCACAAUGAUGGCUGGUGGCAACGCCGCUGACGAUCCUCUUCCUCAGUUCUGCCUUCUCAAAAACUGGUCAGAUACAGAACCCGGUGCGGACGAAUACUACAGCGCUCUGUGUGAUGGAGAGACUGUGUUUUGGAACAAGCAUCAAAGUUUUGCGGAUGACGGAAGCAUGUAUGUCUGGAUUCGUCACUUCAACAUGUGCACAGGGCCCAUGGCUGCGGAGGUGCAACGCCUGGGAUCUCCUUCUCUCUGGAGGAAUGGUUUGGCUAUUCUGCAAAAAACGCCCUUCACCCACAUGAUAGACCGGCUCGAUCCCAACCAGCUGAGCAGCCGCACUGCGCGCGCAGAGAAACGUCCCCGGAUCUGGAGAUGGCUAGUUCUUGGUGGUGCCACCGGAAGGAUAAGCAUCGACAUUAUCGACUACUGCUUGCGGUUUGAUAUUCAGAUCCUCACCUUGCCUGCGCAUUCAAAACAACUCAUGCACCCGAUAAGGCAAGGUCCCUGUCGAUUCCUCAAGCCGCGGGACCUCAACAAGCUGCUGCAGGUCUUUCGCCACGACACAGAAGAUCGUUUUGUGUCCGCUUUUCGGGAUGAAAUGGAAAGCGGAUUUUCGGAAGGGCAUCUUAUCAUGGGCUUCGAAGAUAGCGGUAUCUGGCCGCUCAUCAAAAAGAAAAUGCUCGACCAUCUUCCUAGACCUGCUGAUCCUUAG